AUGAAACAUGGUAUGAGUUACUUUACUUUAGGAUUAGAACUGACAGUUCCAUGCAACAUAUCAAGCGUCCCACUCUUUUGUUUAGUGUACUGUGACAGUUGUGGCUGAAGGGGUCACUUUAUAUAGUUACAUCAAAGAAAUGAACGUGUUUAGAUAGGGAUGUUGAUUGUCGUGUUUUCUAGUUUUAAGCCAAUAAGACCCAAUGAUUUACACUUUACAUGGAUUUGCAAUAUUUUUUCUCAUAUAUUGGUCAGGACUAUGGGUACUUCAUUUACUAGCGAUAUUUUACGGUAAAUAUAGACUGCACAGGAAGGUUAAACCAUUAUCCACAGAUGAACCCUAUCCCGGUGUGUCAAUAUUAAAACCUCUUAUGGGGACCGAUCCCCAUUUGGUAUCAAAUUUGGAAACUUUUUUUACUAUGAAUUAUCCCAUGUAUGAAAUCCUUUUUUGUAUAGAAGAUGAAAAAGACCCAGGAAUAGAUGUAGUAAACGCAUUAUUAAAUAAGUAUCCAAAAGUUCAAGCUAAAGUAUUUAUUGGUGGCUCAACUGUCGGUGUUAAUCCAAAAAUUAAUAAUAUGAAUAAAGCAUACGAGUCUUCUAUUUACGACUUAAUUCUCAUAUCCGAUAGUGGCAUUAGAAUGAAAGAAGAUACUUUACUAGAUAUGGUAGAACAUAUGACUGAAAAAACUGGCAUUGUGCAUCAAAUGCCAUUUACAUCUGACAGAAACGGAUUUGCUGCCACGCUCGAAAAGAUAUAUUUUGGUACGGCUCAGUCAAGAAUGUACCUAGGUGCGGAUUGUUUGGGCAUAAAUUGCCACACUGGCAUGUCUACACUCAUCAGGAAGGAUGUUUUGGAAGAACAAGGUGGUUUGAAAACGUUUGGCUGUUACCUAGCUGAAGAUUUUUUUAUAGCUAAAUCAUUCCUCGAUAAGGGAUGGAAAACUGCCAUUAGUAGUCAGCCUGCUUUACAAAACUCUGGUAUCUGUGAUGUAAAUAGUUUUCAAGCCAGAUUAACACGGUGGGCUAAAUUACGGGUGGCGAUGUUACCAACUGUAAUAAUUUUUGAACCACUAUCUGAAUGUAUGGUGAUUGGUGCUUGUGCCGCAUGGGCAGCAAGCUUUUUGUUCCGAUGGGAACCUUUAGUUUUUUACUUAGUUCAUAUUCUAGUAUGGUUCUUGUGUGACUGGAUGUUGUUGUCUAUAGUACAAAAUGGGUCUCUACCUUUCAAAAGAUUCGACUUUAUUAUUGGGUGGCUGUUCCGUGAAUGUUCUGGUCCUUAUUUGUUCCUCUUAGCUCUGUGUCAUCCCGAAAUUAGAUGGCGCAAUCGUGUCUUCAAGUUGACUUGGGGCGGUAUAGCACAGGAAGUAAAACCCAGAAUCAAAUGUUAAUAAAAAACAUUGAAUUUGUUUUAGGUAUAACUUCGAUAUACUGUUUUAAGAGACAAUUUGUACUUCUGUAAAGUAAAUACUGACAGUACAGUUAUAUAUACUUACUGGGUAUUUACUCAUUUAAUCACUUUUUUCAAUUAGUGCGAGGUGUAUUCAAAGUUUUGUAUUUCUUAAGUAAAAACGUAAUAAAAUAGGUUGAGAAUAGUAAUUAUAAUAAUAAGAAAACAUUUUUGAAUUGCAUAUUCAUUGUGUUGAUUAAGGAGACUGCUAAUUAGGUUAAAACAUAUUUUAAAUAUUCUAAAGAAAUGCCCAAAAUUCAGACCAAAUACACUUUUAAAAAUAUCAACAGCACACAAUAUUUUUUAUGAAGAAAAGUUUAUAAAAGGAAUACUUUCUUCACUAAAUUUUAUAAAUUUUAUUUCUAUAAAUAAAGCUUUUUUUUUGUAAAAUGUUUUUGAAGUUACCCUCAAUUGCGGCCUUUAUCAGAUGAAACAUCUCACAAAAACCCUUUUAUGACUAUAUUCUAUACCUCAAUUUUAGUUUUACAAAUAUCAGGAAAGAUAUAGUUUAACAUAAUGAGAUGUAUUUUUUUCAACUUCUGUUUGUGUCUGAAUAUUUUAAAAAUUUGUAGGACUUUUAUGUUUACUACUGAUACUUUUAUAGGAGUUCCCACAUUUUAAAAGUAAUCCUAGUUUAUAACAUUUGUGAUAUUUUACCCAUUCAUUACUUUUAGAUAACCAAAGAAUUAGUUUGUAAUUUCUUUUAACAUCACCUUAUGCAUGUACAGUUUGUCUCAAUAGUAAGUUGUAUAUCGAAGUUAUUAUAUUCUACAUCAAGGCUGUCAUAUCUCUCAAAUAAAUAAUAAUUCAACAAUUACGUACUAUUUUAGUGGAUUUUAAAGCCAAUUGUACAUAAAACUAUACCAGCUUUUGUUUUAAUAAUUAAGCUUCAAACUAUGUAUGUAUUUUGUAUGCAAUUACAAAACCAUAUCUGUCUUUUAAUCGAAAUAAAAGCAUUUUUAUCAACUAAAACUUAAAUGUCUUUUGACUUGAAGAAAUCCAAUGCCUUUCUAGAUUAUAUUGAAAACAAUUCAGUUCGACGAUUUUUCAAAGUAAAUGAUUAAAAUUUUCAAAAGUAGUUAUCGAAUAAUAUAUUUUUAUCUAAUAAUAUAGAUAUAUAAGAUGUGUAUGAGAUAUUGUAAGAACAAGUUUUCUACACAUUCAAUAUUUUUAUCCAACACCAUGAGUUAUUAAGUGAUAUAUAAACUGUAAAUCACUAGGUGUUAUAAACCUUUAUUCAGUGUCUUUUCCCUGUUCAUUCUUUUUUGGAACCGUUUAGUACAUUGUUGAACCAAAUGAUUUAUCAAAAAAAUGUCACCUAACCUAACCAAAUGAUUUGUCAAAAAAAACUCACAACUUUUGUCAGAAAAACGUUGAGUAUUGAUGAAAGAGUUAUAUAUAGAAUUUCUAUGUUAUUGGUCAUAAGUCAUUUUCAAACAUAAAGUUACUGGCACGUGGUAUUAAUAAAUAUUUUUCCAUUUUACAUUAAUUCAAAAAAUAAAAUUAAUGGGUUACCCAGACACUGAUUGUGAUUACAUAAAAUAUAUGCACUUAAUGACAGUAGUUUUUCUCACACUAACUGAGACACGAUCCUGUAAUGUAGAAUUUCAAAGGUAAAAAUUUCGUAAUUGUUUUUCAUACAUUUAUGGUAAUGAAAAAGUGGUUAUGGUUCUGAAAAGCCGUGAAAAACGAUUACUCUAUUAAUAUGAGAACAAAACCAAAAUUAUAUCCGCUUGAAUUCUUCUGUACUUGUACUACAUGUGUACGAAAUAUUAAUCUAUACACAAAGCAAACAAGUAAUUUCAUGUUAAUGUGUAUUAUUAAAUAAUGAGCAUUACUACGUUUGAAUUUCCACUAGGCGUUGGUGUAUAGUGAGGUCUCGGAAAUGCCAUGUAAAAUGUCACUGUUUGCCAGGGGACUUUGUUUUAAAAGGAAUACUUGACCCAUCUAUCACUACUAACCACUGUAUAAUACUGGCAUUUGACUCGAAAUUUUCUUCACUUGCACUUUCACAUUACUAAGAAAUUAAUUAUAUGCUAACUAUUUUUAGGCGUGUAGUAACAAAUUUUAAUAGUAAUUCUUCAAGAUCUCAUUUGCCAGUGGUUAAGAUAAAACUCAUAGUUCUCAUUGGUACAAAAUAAGGGAUUUUAAUUUGAGGUUUGUUCUAUUUAUAAGAGAAACAGUUGAAACAGUGCAUUUGAUUAUGUAAACAUUUUCUCCAAUGCAAAAAGCUGAAACAUAAUUUUCAUUUUUUCAAAAUAUCCUUAACUAUUCAAUGGUUCAGUGGUCCAUUAGUCUAAGUACAUAUAUAUAUUAUACAAUAUUGUAAGCCAAAACAUAAGUACAACAUACUUUUUUUUAGAAAAGUACACGAGAAAAUGGGACGGUUUUUUUCGUCUUGUUGCAUUGAUUUCUAUUUUUAUUUACACUACCUUCACCUCGUUUAUUUUUUCUUUCUUUCUAAGUCUGGCUAUAUAUAAUAUGUAUAUACAUAAUGUAUACAAUGUACCAUUAUUUGCAAACUUUUUUAUUUUAGGUUUUAUUGAACAAUGGUUAUUGUUCUAAUAUUUUACAGAAUAUCUGGCUUUGUUUAAUUUUAUAAUUUUAUCAGUAAUAGAAAAUAAUAUACUACAUCCUAUUGGUUUCGUUUGUCAAAGUAGAUUUUUUCAAAUUUUAUAAUUCACUUUUAAAAUUCAUAUGACCUGUGUUCUAGAAUUCUCUCAUCAAUUGUUCUUUACGAAUUAAACAGCUGAAAGAAAACGACUAAUUAAAAUUUUAGGUCUAUUUAAAUAAAUGAUUUAUUUUUUAUACCCAAGGAUUUCCUCAAAUUUCCUGACUUUGGCCUUUAUUCAAAUAUUUGACAAUGAAAUAUAGACUCUCCGGGAAAAUAGCGUGGUAAUAAUUUUCUUUCAUUCUUUUCUGUUUCUUGCCUUCGCUUUCCAGUCCCGAACUACUUCCUUCAUCAGAUCUCCUUGUGCCCCACAUACCAUCUCAUUUUAGGUCUUCCUUUUUUUCGUGUUCCUGCCAUAUUUAUAUCGAUAAUUUGUCGCUAUUGAUUUCGACAUUCCUUCUAUGUCUACCAGCCAUUCUAUUCUUCUGGAUCUCUAUUCUUCUGAUUUUGCUAAUUUCUUGUUCAUCAUGCAGGUUUCUUAUUUCCUGUUUGUCCUUCUCUAUAUGUCUCCCCCUUUUUUUACCUCCUAAUAUCCUCCUGAGUAUUUUCCUCUCCCAUAUAUCUAACUUGUUCUCCGAUUUAUUCAGUAUCCACGUUUCUCUUGCAUAAAGUACUGUCGGUACAAUGACUGUCUGAUACAGAUGUAACUUAGUUUUUUGGGAAAUGUUCUUGGAAAUUAGUAUCUUGUUUAUUGUUCCUGCUUAUUUGCUCCCUCGAGUUGACCUUGCUUCUAUGUUUUCUCCCCUAUCAUCAUUAUCUUUGAUAAUAGAUCCAAGAUGAUUGUAACUGUGCACACUGUGUAAUUCCACUCUAAGAUUUUUCUUAUUUUCAUGCGUUUCGGGAUUUGUCAUUUUCAUAAAUUUGAAUUUCUCUUCAUUUACUUUUAGGUUCGCUAUAUCUGCUAUUUUCAUGAACGCCCUUCACGUACUUUUCAAUUCCAUUUCACAUAAAAUAACCAUAUCAUCUGCAUAGGCUAGCAACUGUGUUGUUUUUGUGUUCAGUAUUUCCGUAGUGUUGAUUCCGCUUUUUCGUAUUAUAUUGAACAACUUAGUUGACAGAGGAGUCUUUUAUUUAUGUUAAAGCUGUCUGAUGAUUUCUGUUUUAUUUUAAUUUUUGUUUGAAUAUUCUCGAGUGCCAUUUUCGUGAGCUUUAUCAGUUUUAUUGGUACUUUCAGGUCUUUCUUUACUUUAUAAAGAUAUUGUCUUGUAACUGUGUAAUAUGCCUUUUGAGAGUCGAUGAAAAUUGGCAAUAUCGUUAAAUUGUUAUCGUAUCCCAUUCUCUAUGUCUGCUUAAUAGUGAAUAUAUAGUCGGUUAUGGAUCUUCCAAUUUGAAAUCCGCAUUGGUAUUCUCCCAGCAUGGUUUCUUCAUAUUUUUUUAUUUUUCGAUCUAGACACUAUGCCAUUAUUUUGUAUACUGUGUCCAAGAGUGCAAUUUCUUGCACAGUCGUCCUUUUUUCCUUUUUUGUCAAUUGGUACCAUUAUUGCAUUAUCAAAUGGCUCUGGCAUUAUAUCAUUUAUCCAUAUACUUUUCAUAUCAAUUGGUGGAUUUUGUUUGUUAGGGAGUCACCUCCAUACUUCAUUUCGGAAUAAAUUUCGUUUUCUCCAGGGCAUUUGCCGUUUUUUUACUUUUGUAUUAUUUCGACUACUUCAUCACUAGUUGGUGCUGGUAUUUUUUCUUCGUUUUUUUGACGUAAGAGUUGCUAUUUCAUGUUUCUACUUAUUUCUACUUUUUUAUAUAAAAUUUCUUGAAAGUAUUCAUUCCACCUUUCCAAAGUUUCUUCUUCAUCUGUCAUUGUGUUGUCUUGUUUACUUUUGAUGAGAAUUAUUUUUUGUUGCUCCAUUCCUAUAUUCUUUUCAAAUUUUUGUUAGAAAUUCUUCAUUUCUCUAUUUACAAAUCUUUCUUGAAUGCAUUUUAUCCCGUCUACCAUUUCCUGUCUCUUUUUCUUUUUGCUUUGCAUAUCUUUUUGGUUAUUCUUCUUAGCUUCUGUUUAAUAUGUUUUCUUUUUUCCGUUUCUUUCUUACAUUCUUUUUCUUUUUUGUUCUCUUUGGGAUUAUUUUAACUGCCGCUUUCUUUUUGGUUUCCUCGAUGUGUUUCCAUCAUCGUUUAUGUCUAGGGUCUCUAUUUGGGUUAGUGUUUUCCCAAUUUCUUCUGCUUAUCUUGCUUUCAUUGUUUUAUGUUCUAUAAAUUUCUCCAUUUGAAAUCAUUAUUUUGUUUCCUUCUUGUAGUUUUUGUUUGAUUUUCGCUAUUACUAAGAAAUGAUCACUGUCUGCAUCUGCUCCUCGAUAACUACGUACAUUUUUCACAGUAUUCAUGACCGUUUGGGCUUAGCCAUGUUACUUUAUGUUUCUCUCUGUGGUCGAAUUUUGCUUUCCAAUUAUUGAGAUGUAUAUGUUCUCAUUGCCAAUUUUCGCGUUUGACAAUGAUAACACUGAUAAAUGAAUAAAUCACUUAUGGCAUUAUUAUCAAAACACAUUUUACUUUGGUUAUACUAUGCCUUUAAUUAAGUAAGUAAAAUUUAUUUUGAUAUUUUCAUUAUCAGUGAUCUAUUGAUUUAUAUCUCAGGCUUCUUAGUGACAAAUAUUUUGGUAAAAGCCAAUGUCAAAAUUUUUUUCUAUAUUUAUUAAACUAUACCUAAAAUCAAGUACAUUUAGGUACCAAUUUUUACAAUUUAUAAUGUAAAUGUAUUUGAAGUUUAUACUAUUUUAUGAUUAAUUUUCAUGGAAAAAACAAAAACUACAAUAAUUACUUUGUUUAUUCAAAACCAUUAUAUGAUAAGAUUGAAUGUUUUAUUGACCAUAUUUUAAAAUGUUGAUUAUGAUUAUUCACAAUUAAAAUACAUCUCUAAAACGAAGCAUAUUCAGAUCUCAUUCAUAUGAGACCUAAAACAUGUAAAGGACAGUAAUAAUUUUUGUACAACUCCUGUAUAUAAUCAAAGUUAUAUGAGAUGAAUCAUAUUAGUAAUCUUUUCUUGAUUUUAACCAGUGAGUUGAACAAAAAUUCACAAAAAAUAAAAAUAUAUAUGCUGAAUAAUUGACGAAGACCAAUAGGGUGGAUGUAAGAAUUUCUGAUGAAAAACAAUCAAUCUGAUAAGACACUCAUUUUGUAUUAAUGUUUUUGUAACAAAGGAACUCAAUUAUAAGUUAAGUUUAGCUUUAACUUUAUAUUAAAUACCUACAAAAACUAUGUAUAAAACUAAAAAAGAUAUUUUUUUAACUCUACAAGCUUUAUUGCAAAAGUUUUCAUUCAUAAGUAAUCGAUUUUUAGGAGUGGCAGCCUUGUAAUAUUUUCAAUAAUAUUUGCACAUGUAAAUUGUAUUACAUACAUAUUGAUUUCAUACGUUUUUGCUUUUACCUAAUGUCGAAUUUGUUUUUUAUAAUUUUUUGUCACUUUUUCACAUAUAUCGAGAAUAUUUAUUUUUGUUUUUAUUUAAUAAAGUUGUUUUGUAAUA